UUGUUCCUUGGCCGCAAGCUUGUGAGCUACCACGUCUCCAUGCAGACUAUAUACUUUUACUUCAUGGUUGACACUGUCUUUAACCUUUCUAGUUCGAUUCGGAUGGCUCCCAUCAUUAUUUUCCUUUAUGCUCCAUUCUCCAAUACGGUUAUUAUUAAGGUCAAAAGAGUAACUGGGGAGAGAAUAGGGUCCCCUAUCAACGAGGCCAUCUGUGUGUGCUUGUCAGUAUAUACUGUGGAGAAAGACGUGGAAACUAGGGAAUGUGAAGUGUUCCACAGUUUAGGUAAAGAAGAUCACAGACAUCCCACACCAGUCGCUCCGAGGAAUAGCCCCACAGGUUUAACAUCUCUUCCAUCUCUCGCACCCACGCCGCUGUCCCCUGCCUCUGCACCUCACAUGUCUAACCUUGUGACUUCGCCUUUUCCAAAGACAGCUUCAACUGCCCCCGGUUUUGUCGAUCCCCAUUCUGGACUCUGUCCCACUUCAACUGCAGCCCCUGCAGCUACUACAGAAGGUUCAGUGAGUGCUUCAGCCAGUGUCUGCAGUGACCCGGACUGCGAGGGACACCCGUGUGAAAGCAGCAAUGUGUACGAUCAUCAGCAGUUUGAUGGUGAGGAAAGUCAAGAUGAAGACAGCUGCUCUGAACACAGCUCCAGUACCUCGACAUCAACCAAUCAGAAGGAAGGAAAAUACUGUGACUGCUGCUACUGUGAAUUCUUUGGGCAUGGUGGGCCACCUGCUGCACCAACGAGUAGAAACUAUGCAGAAAUGCGUGAGAAGCUCCGGUUACGGCUGACAAAACGAAAAGAGGAACAGCCAAAGAAAGCAGACCAGAUCCUUGAGAAGGAGCAGAUAGUAGAUCAUCGAAAAGUGGAAGACCUAUUACAAUUUAUAAAUAGCACAGAAUCUAAACCAGUCAGCAGCACAAGAGCAGCUAAACGCGCACGACACAAGCAACGAAAGGUAAGAGAUUUCUCCAUACCACAGACUGGUGUGGCCUCUAUGUUCCUUUUCCACUCUACUGGCUUAGACCCAGGUUGUCGUUCAGAUUGA